AUGAAAAGGGAUCGCCAAGAAACCUCUGCUGGAGGUGCGAAUAGCAACAACAGCAACAACUUUGUAAGUGUACGAGGUGAAUGUUCAUCAAUGCAGAACAACAACAACACAAACGGGAAACAAAGUUUGUGGAGAGAAGAGAAAGACAGCAGUGGUGGAAUGGACGAGUUACUAGCGGCAUUAGGUUACAAGGUUCGUUCUUCAGACAUGCUUGACGUUGCUCAAAAGCUUGAACAACUCGAGAUGGUGAUGGGUAGUGCUCAAGAAGAAGGAAUUAACCAUCUUGCUUCUGAUACAGUUCACUACGACCCUACCGAUCUAUAUUCAUGGGUUCAAACCAUGCUCACUGAACUCAACCCUUCCACCGAUUCACAAAUCAAUGACCCUUUAGACGCUUCGUCUUCCAUCUUCAACGAUAACUCUCAGUAUGAUCUCAGUGUUAUUCCUGGAAUGGCCGCGUACCCACCUCAGACCCAGAAUCAAAACAACGAAAGCGAAGGCUCUGUCAGUAACAAGAGAUUGAAGACAUGGGAGAGUGAAACGGAAUCAGAUGUUUUUCUGCCGGCGUUAUCACCGCCGGUGGAGACUACAAGACCUGUGGUUCUCGUUGACUCGCAGGAAACUGGGGUUCGUCUUAUUCACACUAUGAUGGCUUGUGCCGAUGCGAUUCAUCGUGAUGAUCUCAAGAUUGCUGAUACACUCGUGAAGAGUAUCGGAAUUUUGGCUCCGUCGCAAACUGGUGCUAUGGGUAAAGUUGCUUCGUAUUUCGCACAAGCUUUCUAUCGGAGAAUCUACAGGGUUUCACCAGAUGAAACCAUUGAUUCGUCUUUAUCUGAUGCUCUUCACAUGCACUUUUAUGAAUCUUGUCCUUAUCUCAAAUUCGCUCACUUCACCGCUAAUCAAGCUAUUCUGGAAGCUUUCGCCGGUGCUGCAAGUGUUCAUGUCAUUGAUUUUGGUCUCAAACAAGGGAUGCAGUGGCCAGCGCUUAUGCAAGCACUUGCAUUACGUCCCGGUGGUCCACCAACUUUCCGGUUAACCGGAAUCGGACCACCGCAGACGGGUAACACCGAUGCUUUACAACAGGUGGGUUGGAAAUUGGCUCAGCUUGCUCAAACCAUUGGUGUUCAGUUCAAGUUUCGCGGAUUCGUUUGCACCAGUCUUGCGGAUCUUGACCCGAAUAUGCUUGAGAUCCGACCCGGUGAAGCUGUUGCUGUUAACUCCGUUUUCGAACUUCACACCAUGUUGGCCCGACCCGGUUCCAUUGAUAAGGUUCUCAACACUGUUAAGAAGAUUAACCCUAAGAUUGUGACUAUCGUGGAGCAAGAAGCGAAUCACAACGGACCGGUUUUCAUGGACCGGUUCACGGAGGCUUUGCAUUAUUACUCGAGUUUAUUUGAUUCGCUGGAGGGGUCUAAUUCGAACCCGACCGGGCCCGGUUCUUCGAGUCAGGAUCUGUUGAUGUCGGAGCUUUACUUGGGGAGACAGAUAUGCAACGUGGUGGCUUAUGAAGGUGUGGACCGAGUCGAGAGACAUGAGACACUGACUCAGUGGAGGUCGAGGAUGGGUUCAGCUGGGUUCGACCCGGUUCAUUUAGGUUCAAACGCGUUUAAGCAAGCGAGUACUUUGUUGGCUUUGUUCGCCGGCGGUGAUGGGUAUAGGGUGGAGGAGAAUAAUGGGUGUCUUAUGCUUGGGUGGCACACGAGGUCACUCAUUGCUACCUCCGCGUGGAAGCUUCCACUCAGUGAGUCCAAGUGA